ACGCCGAUCGCCGAUCGUCCGCUCGACACGCGAAAGCGUCAGCAGCCUGCGGAGCCGCGCCCGCCACGCUCGCCCGAGAACAAGCGUCGCCGGACCGAGACGGCUCGUCCUGCCCCGCCCAAAGAUCAGCAGCCGACGAAGAAGCACGACUCGUUCUCCGCCGCAGAAAAGCAGAAGGAGCUCUCGCGUGUGCUCCGCGAGCCGUACCAAGCGCGCAGCAGUCGCGUGCUUCUCAACUUUAACCUCUGGCUCGCCGAAGCGCGGUUGGCGCAGGUGUACGCGCGGCUCGCGAUCGACGACGUCCAAGCGAUUGUGACCAACACGCUCAAGGCCGACGCCAACGUGAGUCCGUUCCUCGAGUCGUACGACGGCGUCCCGAACCCGAGCAAAGUAUGCAUCGUGCUGGCCAAGGGCGUGCACCCGGACAUGCUGGGGCGGGCGGUCACGAGCCCGGACGUGGCCUUGCCCUUCUUCGAGUCGUGCUCGACCGUGCCAUGCGGCCUCGCGUCGGCGACGGCGCUCAAGACGUCGCAAAAGCCCAAGGAAGUCGCGCUGUCCGAGUCGCUCUUCCGCUUUCCUCUCGCAACCACGUACCUCGACGUGCUGUCGCCCGACGAGCUCUUUGGCAAGUACGAGGUCACGCUGCUGGCGCAGUAUACGUCGGACGCACGCGGCUGGACCGACGAGAUCAUCUUGCAGCCGUCUGGCACCUUUUUCCGCAAGACCACGCUGCAGUCGGGCGAGUGGAAGCUCGACGGCGACCUUCUGCACUUGCAAUGGACCUUGGCGAGAAACAACGACGACGCUGACGAGUCCAAGCCGCAGGUCGUGACGGCGAUCGACGUGCUCAUGGCCGAAGACGACCGCUUGCGCGGCUUCUGCACCAGCGCGACGCUCGACAAGCAGUACGGACUCGCGUCGCUCGACCCGGAGCGACCUCUCGUGAAGCGCGUGCUCAAGGUUACGGUGCUCCGCGCGGCCAAGGUCAACGCGGCGCUGGCAACGCCGUCCCUGCCGUCGCUUUGGACGGCCGAGCCGACGUUGGAGGACUUUAUCUUGUCGCGGGACGAGAUGAUCGCGUACGGAUACCCGAUGGACGUGACUGUCGAGCAGCAUUUGCUCAUGAAGACGACCAAGAACCGCUCGAUGGACGUGUACAAAGCCACGAUGCCCUUAGACGAUAAACCAGACGAGGUCGACAACCUCUUCGCCCUCGACUGCGAAAUGUGCGAGACCGACCUCGGCUCGGAGCUCACGCGCGUGACCGUCGUCAACGCCGACGGCGCGACCGUCUACGACACGCUCGUGAAACCUCGGAGCACGAUCUUGAACUACCACACGGAGUUUAGCGGCAUCACAGCCGAGUCGCUCGCCGACGUCAAGACGACGUUGGACGACGUCCAAGCCCAUUUGCUUUCGCUCUUCUCGGCCUCGACGCUGCUCAUUGGCCACUCGCUCGAUAGCGACCUCAAGGCGCUGCGGCUCGUGCACCUCCGUGUCGCCGACACGGCGAUUUUGUUUCCGCACCAGCGUGGGUUCCCCUUCAAGCCGUCGCUCAAGGCGCUUGCAAGCACCUUCUUGAACGAGACGAUCCAGGACAUGGAAGGCGGCCACGACUCGGCGCAAGAUGCCAUCGCGGCGCUUCGCCUCUUCCAGCUCAAGCGGCGCGACGGGCUCUGCGUCGGGCUUCCGACGCCGCCGCCCUGCAGCCGCGCCUACACGACGCUGCUCGAGGAGCUGCCGGACGCGACCAAGCACUUUGGACGCGUCGCCGCCACCGCUUUGCCCAAGCCAUGGGCGCUCUACUCGAGCGGGGACCUCAACGACUUGCUCGCCAACGCCAUCACAAAUGCACCGCCCGCUGACGUGGCGAGCUACGACUCGCUGACGCUGACGCCCGAUGCGGCGACAAAGGACUUGCUGUGGUAUGAAGUGGAUGCGGUACCGAGCCGCGAUCCCAAGCUGUACAUGGACACGGUGCACCUCUGGAAGCGCGCUCAAGUGGCGGCGAUCACCGAGCUGGACGCGUCGCUGACCAAGCUGGCGCGCGAGCUGCCGCCGCAGACGCUGCUGCUCGUGCUGCCGCAGGCCGACCUCUCGAUCUACCGCUACAUGAAGGCGAUCCGCAUGAAGUCGCGCUGGAACGAGUGGGAGAGCGGCUGGACCGACGCCGACCAGUACGCUCUCCAGUACGCCUACUCGGGCCUUCUCGACUCGGCUCUCUUUUUGAAGCGCACGACGUAGAUAGUGUAUCGAGAUAAGAUGCCAUGGAAUUUGAGGA